AUGGCUUCUUGGGAACAGGAGCUGCGUGAGAUGUUUCGGACUCACGACAAGGACAUGUCGGGCUACAUCAGCAAGGACGACAUACUGUGCAUGCUCCUCGGAGCAGACAAAGAUGACAAGAAGGAUCCCGUUUUCAAGACUCACUUGAAAUUUCUCAUCAACGUGAUUAAUCAGGCCGAUAAGGACGGAGAUAAGAAGAUUAGCUUCAAUGAUGCGUUCUGGAUAAUCGCUAAAUAUGGAAAACACAGAUAG